UUCCGUGUACAUAUAUCACAAGGACGUAAAAUAAACUUAGGGUUAUUGAUUCGGUUAGCUAUUAACAUAUCAGGUUUUGUGGUCUGGGCAACAUCUAACCUCGCAAGACAGAUCCAGACUGGUUCUGAGCCACCAAAGCAAAUCUUUGAAUCUAGUCAUAGUUAAGGUAAAAACCUUGAGCAACAAUAGUGUAAACUAGUAAUUAUUAGAAUGUUGUGUACAUAAGCGGAGUUUGAAGUAACUAUGGCCGAGUUGAUGAGAUCUGAAUCCAACCUCAAACCGAGCGAGCUCAAAGCGGCUUACAAACGAAGCCAACACAUCGACGCUUUACUUGACAAGGAGCGAGAAGAGAGAGAACAAGAGAUCCAAAUCUUGACACUAGGUUCUGGUGGCUCAGGUAAAAGUACUUUUAUAAAACAACUAAAAAUCUUGUACGACAAUGGAUAUACCGAGCAAGAGAGAAUGGAAUUUCGCCCCAUCAUAUACCAAAACAUUUAUGAGAACAUCUGUAAAAUCGUUCUGGCAGUUGAUCGAGAGGGUCUGCAGUUUGACAACGAAGACGUAAAGAUGUUUGCUGAAGAAUGUAUAACGCAGUCAAAGAAUGAAUGCAACAAUAACGGCAAUUCCGUAUUUACGCCAGUCGGGAAGACUGACCUUAUAACUGCAUUCUGGCAGCAGCCAUGUGUCAAGGAAUGCUUCAAAAAGCUUACACGAUAUCACAUCGAUGAGACUUCACAAUAUUUCUUUGCAGAAAUUGAACGAAUAGCCAAAGAAGAUUAUGUUCCUGAAUCGAAAGAUAUACUACGAGCUCGAAAUAGAACGCAAGGGGUAGUGGAAAAAAAAAUUAAAGUCAAUGAGUACAAUUAUAGGGUAAUCGAUGUGGAAGGUCAGAAGAGUCAACGCAAGAAGUGGAUCCAUUUCUUUGAUAGGGUCACGGCUGUUGUGUUCUUUGCAUCCCUUAGCAGCUACGACGAAGUCCUGGAAGAAGACGAGUCAAUUAAUGCUAUGCGCGACAACUUGGACCUAUUUGAAGAAAUAGUUCACUGUGAAUACUUAGCCAAUACUCAAUUCAUCCUGUUUCUAAAUAAGCAAGACUUGUUCAAGGACAAAUUAGACACAUCGAAUUUGUCAGAGUGUUUUCCAGACUACGACGGCGGACCUGACUAUGAGAAAGCAUUGUCUUACGUUAAGGAGCAAUUUAUGAUGCUGAUCCCAAAGGAUAAGCACAUUUAUGUACACGUGACUUGUGCAACUGACACCGACCCGAUGAAGACUGUUUUACAAAAUGUAUUUGAAAUACUAGUGGAAAUUAAUCUGAAGAAAAUAGCUGUACUUUAGAAUGACGUGGCCUCGAAAUGUUUUAAAAUAACGCUAAUAAAGAUUUAUACAAAUCCAAUA